AAAGUGACGAGAGUGGACAAUCUAACUGAAUAUAAUAGCAAGUAGCCGUGGGUUCUUGCCAGUGCAAAUCCACAUUAUACUUCGGUCAGGCUUUAGCUAGCCUAAUAACAGGCAAUGAUUCACCAUUUUUAAGCUCGAACUCGAUAGCAAACCGAAAUAACCAACAAUGGCGUUCAUAACAAGCGUUCAUCGUAAAUCAAGGAGUAGGUUCUAGCUAGAUAAGCAGCCUGUCAACAUGCCUGGAUUCGACUUGAACGACAGCGAUCUUGUGAACAUUCCGGAAAAAUACUUCUGUUCGUCAUGCAAUAAGGUCCUAAAUGAUCCUGUACAGACAAAAUGCGGACAUUUCUACUGCAGAUCGUGUAUCGAUGACUUGAGAGACAGGUCAGAUCGCAGUUUACGAUGCAAAAUAGAUAAUACUUGGCUCGUAGAAAAUGAGAUUUUUCCUGACAAAUGUGUUUCGCGCGAGGUCAACGAGUUGAAUGUCAGUUGUCCCCAAAAGCCGUGCAUGUGGCGUGGAAAACUGAAAAACCUACAGGAGCACUUCUGGGUAUGUGUCUAUAUUCUGAUGCCAUUUAUGUCUGAUGGCAGUGAAAUGCCUCGACAAACAGAGGUUGACGGCCAUCUUGAAGAAUGCAGAGGAGUAAAUAAAGCAAGAAAAGACGAGGCAUCAUUAACUAUGCUCUCGUCACUGUGCUCAUUCUCUGAUCUAUCUUCUUUGAGAGGCCCACAUGGUGGCUGUUUCUUUGAGCGUAUUGGAUGUAAAAUACCGAAAACAUUAACRGUGAAACAACUAAGAGAACACAACUUGAGAUCCGUUAAGCACCACAUCAGCUUACUGAUUGACUACGUCCUAAACCAAGAGCAAAAUCUACAGAGAAUCUUGACUCAAAACCUUGAAACUUUAAAGAGGCAAGUCAGCGACCAGGCAGAGAAAAUUUUACAUYUAGAAAACGUAACGAGAGGAUUGUGGGGUUUUGACUUGGAAGCUAUGCUUAGGAGACUAAUAAACGCAGAAAACAUGAACGCUGAUUUUGGAGUUCUAAUAGUAGAACUCAAUACCAAUAUUGAAGAUCUUCGUAAAAAAYAUUUGAAGUUAGAGAAGCAACAAGAAAAUCAUYUUCGAACUACAAACGAACUAAAGGCAAAGGUAGAUCGUGAACUUCAGUCUCCAGGACUUCGRAAUAGCGCUCCGUUGAGCGUGGAUGAACAAUUUCAGUUGCUCUCCAUGUCUUCGUUUGAUGGGGUUCUKUUAUGGAAGAUUACUGAUGUUCAACGCARGAGAAAUGAGGCUAUGACAAACAGAACCGCAUCGAUUUGCAGCCCACCUUUUUAUACUGAUCGWUAUGGSUAUAAAAUGUGCCUUCGUCUAUACUUUAAUGGCGAUGGCCUUGGAAGAGGCCAGUACCUUUCGCUAUUCUUUGUCAUAAUGCGAGGUGAAUACGAUGCCUUACUCCGUUGGCCGUUUCGUAACAAAGUCACAAUGAUGCUGUUGGACCAGAACCACGUGGAACACGUCAUCGACGCCUUUAAACCUGAUCCAAGCAGCUCUUCCUUCCAGAGACCGAGGAAUGCGAUGAACAUCGCAAGUGGAUGUCCCAUGUUUUGUCCGCUGGCYGAUCUUGAUAACCACGCAUAUAUCAAGGACGACACCAUGUUUGUCAAAGUCAUUGUCGAUACAUCAGACUGCCUCUAAGUUGUCUAGCUAUAUAUGCACUCUAGCUUAAUGAGCUUGACGACACUAGACUACCCACCACAGGACGCCUACCAAAUGUUUUUCCAGAGAACCUCAUUUCGACAGUGAUGAGGGGACUAUGAUGUCUCACACGGUUAAGAAGACCUCGUUUUAGAGAUCAAAGGAUCGAAGUGAAAACUCUCGUAAGCAGACAGACCUGAUAUCACGUACAUCUUUCAAAAAUCUCGUUUUUCCUCCCAGACCAGUACAUUUUUUUCUGAAUUAAUCAGUUUUAGAAAAUGUUCUCGUAAGCGCACACUGACCCCAUUUUAUGCUAUGUCCGCUUACGAGAACUCUUAUCAUAGGCAGACAGCACUACAAUUAACCUCACGCGAGAGGGCCCUGGGAACGACAAUGCUCUACUAACGGAAUUUUUUUCAGAUAUGAUAUAAAUAUAGCACCCGUAGUAAAAACUUCGUGAGCACAUUACGCUAAACAAGUUGUAGGGAGCGUAGUUCUCCUCAAUUAAUUAUGUAGGGAGUGAGCUAACAUGUUCCCUUAGUAUAUAUUGCUGUAAAAACUGCGUGUAUCAAGGCAUAGAGGGGUCAUAUCGAUCUAUGUCUAUACAUAUCUGUACCCACUUUUGGCCAGCUUUGUGUGGGCGAACUUGAAGCUUCUGGAAAUUUUAUUUCCGGCUUAAGCAUUGAUGUAAGCUUGAUCUUUUAGGAAAGUUGCUAGUGGUUUAAUCUUCUUUACCCGAUUAUUUCAGUUUCGUCGUUUUAGAGUGAAGUCAUUAAACCCGUGAAAUAGACAUUAGACUAAUACACAUUAAUAGACCCUAAUUCCACUGUUUUCUUUUGUGUCUAUUUGACUAUUACAAGUUGAUUAGUAUUCAUUAAACCCGUGCAAUAGAUAUUAGACUAAUACACAUUAGUAGACCCUAAUUCCACUGUUUUCUUUUGUGUCUAUUUGACUAUUACGCGUUGAUUGGUAUUCAUUAAACCAAUUAAAUAGAUAUUAGACUAAUACACUUUAGUAGACCCUAAUUCCACUGUUUUCUUUAGUGUCUAUUUGACUAUUACAUGUUGAUAAGUUUUUUUUAUUUCACUUCACUUUUGCCUUCACUCUAAUAAUGAAARUACAAGUUGUGUAAUCUUUUGUUGCAAAUAAAUUAUCGCAUCGAUAUGAAA